AUGAUGCGCUUCGCUGCUGGUGCAGGACCUGUGCUUGUGUUGCACAGACUCAUGUUCCUAAGACAAACCUUAGCUCCGUUACGAAUGAGACACAUGACAGCACUCAAGUGGAGACUUUCUUAUCGCCUCUGUGUGACGGACAGGUUCUCCUUGCCUGCCUGGUCGCCGCCGCCGCCGCCCGCCCCUCAGAACAUCAUUGAUGGCGGCUUCGUGGACUCCUUUGAGCCACAGCCCAUCGUCAUCCUGAGGGACGAGCGUCAGGACAGUGGUGACGGCAACUUCAAUUACGUGUUUGAGACAGCGAACGGCAUCCUGGAGGAGAGGACUGGUACCCGCGGCGUCUUCGGCCAGAGCAAUAUGCAGGGCACCUACAGGUUCACUCUCCCUGACGGCACCCUGGCUGAGGUCCGCUACAUCGCUGACGAGAAUGGCUUCCGCGCUGAGUCCCCUCUGAUCCCCACGCCCCACCCUCUUCCCGCCCACGCCAUCGAGCAGAUCCGCAUCGCCGAGGAGCAGCGCGAGCAGGGCAUCACCUUCGAGCCUCAGCCUUUUGAGCAAUAAGGAGUGAGCUUGAGCCUCUUGCCGCCACAGUGUUGGGGUGGGCGAAGGCGGGACACUGGCGCUCAAUACUCCUGGAGCCGCGAGGAGCCACACGGAGUCACUGUUACCAAUACACAUCCUAGCUUAAUGAAAACUGCCAUGUAGAAGAGAAGUAAUAAAUGCCUUGAGUGAAUUGAGUGAA